AUGCAUUCAAAACUUGCUUUACACAAUUGGUUUACUGAUAAGAAAGCAAUUGAACCAAUUAAUGACAAUCAAAUUAAAUGGCACACCUAUGGACCAAAUUUUACUGAAGAUUUUGGUUUUCAUCGUGCUAGACGUUAUAUUGCUUUUGACGUCAUUCGCCGUGUAUUAUCUUAUUAUUUUGGUUAUGACAUUAUCCACCAUAUGCAUAUAGUUUAUAUUAGUGAUGAUAUUAUCAAAUAUGCCCAUGAUAAAGCUGUAUCUUUUUCUUCUGGUGAUGAUGUUCCAGAUAUAUUUAAGCAACUGAUUAAAAGUUGUCAAACUGCACUUCACGUGAGAUAUCAAAUUUAA